GCGGUGACUGCGCUGGGAAACAUGGCGACCGAGGGAAUGAUCCUCACCAACCACGACCAUCAAAUCCGCGUCGGAGUCCUCACAGUGAGUGAUAGCUGCUUCAGGAAUCUUGCAGAAGACCGAAGUGGGAUAAAUCUUAAAGAUCUUGUCCAAGAUCCUUCUUUGUUGGGUGGAACUAUAUCAGCAUACAAGAUAGUACCAGAUGAAAUAGAAGAAAUCAAGGAAACUCUCAUAGAUUGGUGUGAUGAGAAGGAACUUAAUUUGAUACUAACAACUGGAGGAACAGGGUUUGCACCACGAGAUGUCACUCCAGAGAAAUUCCCAACAUUCCCAUUUUGUGGGCUCCAGAAAGGGGCCACAAAAGAAGUAAUAGAACGGGAAGCGCCAGGGAUGGCCCUGGCCAUGCUGAUGGGAUCACUUAAUGUUACACCUCUGGGCAUGCUCUCUAGACCAGUGUGUGGAAUAAGGGGGAAAACUCUGAUAAUUAACCUACCUGGUAGCAAGAAAGGAUCUCAGGAAUGCUUUCAGUUCAUACUGCCAGCUCUACCUCAUGCCAUUGACCUUUUACGUGAUGCCAUUGUAAAAGUAAAGGAGGUGCAUGAUGAACUUGAAGACUUACCUUCCCCACCACCUCCUCUUUCUCCACCUCCUACAACUAGCCCCCAUAAACAGACAGAAGACAAAGGGGUUCAGUGUGAAGAAGAGGAAGAAGAAAAGAAAGACAGUGGUGUAGCUUCAACAGAAGAUAGUUCCUCGUCACAUAUAACUGCAGCAGCCAUUGCUGCAAAGAAGCAUCCAUUGUACAUCAACCCUGCUGUUUUCAUGGCACAUCAUGGACAGCCCAUCCCUGGUAUCAUCAGUUAUUCCUAUGAUGCAACAGGCAGUACAGAUAAACGGAUUCCAGAUUCCAUCAUUUCUCGUGGUGUUCAGGUGCUCCCACGAGACACAGCCUCCCUCAGCACUACUCCUUCAGAAUCGCCCCGUGCUCAGGCUACAUCUCGCCUCUCCACAGCUUCUUGUCCAACACCAAAACAAAUUAGACGGCCGGAUGAAAGCAAAGGAGUUGCUAGUAGAGUUGGAUCCCUCAAAGCUCGGCUUCCGUCGUGCUCAUCCACCUAUAGUGUGUCUGAGCUCCACUCUAGAUUGGAAGGGCUUAAAGAUGAACUCUGGAGGAAUAGAGGCUACGACUUAAGAGUCCAGUCCAGGUGCAGCAGCAAGGAGAACAUUCUCAGAGCCAGUCACAGUGCUGUAGAUAUCACCAAGGUGGCUCGAAGACAUCGCAUGUCUCCUUUUCCUCUGACAUCUAUGGACAAAGCCUUCAUUACAGUCCUGGAGAUGACUCCGGUGCUUGGUACAGAAAUCAUCAAUUACCGAGAUGGAAUGGGGCGAGUCCUUGCUCAAGAUGUAUAUGCAAAAGACAACCUACCCCCAUUCCCAGCAUCAGUAAAGGAUGGCUAUGCUGUUCGAGCUGCUGAUGGUCCAGGAGAUCGUUUCAUCAUUGGGGAAUCCCAAGCUGGUGAACAGCCAACUCAGACAGUGAUGCCAGGACAAGUGAUGCGGGUUACAACAGGUGCUCCAAUCCCCUGCGGUGCUGAUGCAGUAGUGCAAGUGGAAGAUACCGAACUUAUCAGGGAAUCAGAUGAUGGUACUGAAGAACUUGAAGUGCGAAUUCUGGUGCAGGCUCGGCCAGGCCAAGAUAUCCGACCCAUCGGCCAUGACAUUAAAAGAGGGGAGUGUGUUUUGGCCAAAGGAACCCAUAUGGGCCCUUCAGAGAUUGGUCUCCUUGCAACUGUGGGUGUUACAGAGGUUGAAGUUAAUAAGUUUCCAGUGGUUGCUGUCAUGUCAACAGGGAAUGAGCUGCUCAAUCCUGAAGAUGACCUCUUACCAGGAAAGAUUCGAGACAGCAAUCGGUCAACACUUCUAGCAACAAUUCAGGAACAUGGUUAUCCCACAAUCAACCUGGGAAUUGUGGGAGACAACCCAGAUGACUUACUCAAUGCCUUGAAUGAGGGUAUCAGCCGUGCUGAUGUCAUCAUCACCUCAGGAGGUGUAUCGAUGGGGGAAAAGGACUAUCUCAAGCAGGUGCUGGACAUUGAUCUUCAUGCGCAGAUCCAUUUUGGCAGGGUUUUUAUGAAGCCAGGCUUGCCAACAACAUUUGCAACUUUGGAUAUUGAUGGUGUAAGAAAAAUUAUUUUUGCACUACCAGGGAAUCCUGUAUCAGCUGUGGUCACCUGCAACCUCUUUGUUGUACCUGCACUGAGAAAGAUGCAGGGUAUCUUGGAUCCUCGGCCAACCAUCAUCAAAGCCAGGUUGUCAUGUGACGUAAAACUGGACCCGCGCCCAGAGUACCACCGGUGUAUACUGACUUGGCAUCACCAAGAACCACUGCCCUGGGCCCAGAGUACAGGUAAUCAGAUGAGCAGUCGUCUGAUGAGCAUGCGCAGCGCCAAUGGAUUAUUGAUGCUACCUCCAAAGACAGAGCAGUACGUGGAACUCCACAAGGGCGAGGUGGUGGAUGUCAUGGUCAUUGGACGGCUAUGAUGGUCACCAACAGGAGAAAGCUUUGAUGCAUGUCCACAUAUCAUUGACUGUAUCCUGUAAUAUGCAACGGCACAGCUAGUUUUUCUGAUCUGGAUAAAAGUUGAUCUGUAUAGUCAACAUCUUGAACUAUAUUUCAGAUGAACUUAAAUACCUUUUAAAGAAAAAACACACCUAAGAAUAAAUCUUAACAGACAAUUCUAUUCUGAUUAUAUCAAAGCAAAAUUUUCCUUUCUUGCAAAUUGCUUUGUGUGUUCAAUGCUAGAUCUGAUAGCGAUAGCUUUUAGUAGACAGCGGUAGGUGCCUGCAGAACUUGUGUUUUUCUCAUCUUUAAAUACAACUACUUAUGCUCUUAAUCAAGGCUGUCUGCUUAUUUAUACUAGUGUAGGCAACACUGGGGUUUCCCUUCUUAGUAUGCUUCAUAACUGCUUUACAGAGAGCUUCUGCUUGUUCUUUAUCAUGUAUCUCGUGUUUGUGUGCACUGUGCCAAAAGAGGAGUGACUGCUCGGAGGCCCGCCCUGCCACGAGAACUGUCCCUGCUGAGCACCCAGGGACGCUCUCAUCCCAGCAGCCUCUGGCACCGCACUCGCAGGCGGUAACUGGAUACUUUUUAUUUAAACAAACAAACCGGGGGGAAAUGCUUCCUUAAGUGCUGACAGCCUUUUUAACCAACACAUUUAAAAUUGUACAGAACACAAAUAAAAUAAAAUCAAAGACUGAUCUUGUACAGAUAUUAGUGUUACCAGCAUUCAUGUGGAAAUCAAGAGCAAAAACAAAUAAUGUUAAACAACUCUGUACCAUAACAUUUUCUGUAAUGAUACUGAAACUUAAUGAAUAAAAAAAAAAUCCUUGAUCAUUAUU